CUUAAGGUGGCACACUUGCCCCAUAUUCCGCUACGGCUCCAAUAACAGAACCACUUGCUCCUCAAGCUGUGAGUUCCCUAGAAUGUAAGCCAAAUGCGACAUGUGUUCAGCGAUGCGUACAUAACCAAUAACUUAGACAAACACACACAAACUUUGGCUUUAGUAUUAAUAUCAGCGAGAGAGUAAUCGAGUAGGCCGUUCCUUUUUAUUGUUUCAUAAAGGAAGUUGACCACGUGUUCUACGCGUAUUUUGGAACUGAAGUUCGGACGCAAGGCGAAUUCAUCGAGUUGAAAACAUCAAGAUGGAUGCUGAUUCAUCGGAAAAUGAAGAGAUUGCACGUUUGGAACAGUCGCUGGAGGAAAAUAACGCGAAAUUGGAGGAACAAAACGUCAGUUUUGAAAACGAUCUCAAACAGUAUUACUCGCUGAAGGCUCAAGAAACGAUUGUGGAGUUGAAGUUUGAAAGCUGGAAGCAACUUUACCGCAAGCAGGAAUCAGAACUUGCCGAAAAGCAAGCAAAAAUGCGUGACGUCAAGUUGAACAUUUGGCGCGAUAGAGAAGAAUUCUGCGAGUAUGCUUCCAGUUUUUCGAAAGAGUUUUCCAUGGAGAAAAGUUUGAACCGGUUGAGAAGAGCAGCGAACGAUGAAGACAGUCCCAUUGCGAAAGAGGAGAAAUUUGAUUUCAAAACUCGAUUAGAAAUGGAUGCUCAUUUGAUCAAAAUGGCGGAAGUUGAAGGUGAAAUUGCUAUUCUUAGACGGAGGGAAGCCGAAUUGGAGAAGGCAGAGCGGGAGUUGUCUCCGGAUGAGGAUACUGUUAAGCGAUUGCAGACAGCGGUAAGCAACUCUGUUAGCAGUCUAGAGGAGAUCGAAGCGCAAAUCAAGGCAUUUGAUGAUAGAAGUGAAGAUUCGAUUGACGAGGCAACAAAUGAUAAAGAAGUUAAGUCAAUUCUAAAAAGACCAUCAUUCAUGGCCAAGGAAAUCGAGCGGAAACAAGUGCGUUUCGAAUAAAUUAUAAAC